CACCAAACGUCACCAACGCAUUCUUCAAACAGCCUAGCUAACCGCAAACAUGGCCUCCGCAAAAAUACAAAAGACGAUUGCGCGGCAAGAAGAAAAAAUCAAGGAAGGCCAGUACUACGAAGCCCACCAACAGCUACGGGUUAUUGGGUCGCGCUACGUCAAAUCCUCGCAAUGGGACGCCGCAAUUGACAUACUUUCCUCGGGCGCAGCGCUGCUCCUGAAAGCUGGCCAGGGAGGUUCUGGCGGCGAUCUAGCUGUAUUUCUGCUUGAAGUCUAUAACAAAGCUGAAAUCAAGCCGGAUGCUGCUAGCAAAGCAAGGAUAUUCAGCUUGCUUAGGCUGUUCGCCCCUGGUGAGCCCACUAGAAAGAAAGUGAUAGCGGAGAGUAUAGGUUGGAGCGCCAGGUGUGGCGAGUAUCCAGCUGGUGAUCCGGAGUUGCAUCAUGUAAUUGGAUCGAUUUACGCUGAAGAAGACGAGCCUAUCGAAGCUGAACGGCAUCUCAUACUCGGCACGAAAGAUUCACCCUCCGUCUUGGUCAAAGUAGAAUACGCAUGGUACUCAGAGGACGAACCCUCAACUGCUCCGAUCUACGCAGCGCGCGGUAUUCUCCCCUAUUUACUUAUUGGAAAUGUCCGCGCAGCGAACCAAUUCCAUCUCCUGUUCACCUCGCAGCUCUCAAGCUCGAACGCCGCGUUAUCAACCCAAGAUGUUUCCUCCAACAGUUCCGACCUACGAGUCUAUCCUUCCCUCCCGCUUCUGAACUUUCUCGGUCUCUUGCUUCUUGCUGUGCAAAGAGGGGCGCCGGAGCUUUUCCGCAUGCUUAAGAGCCAGUACAAAGGGCAUCUAGCAGAUAUCGGGGGGGUUUGGGAUCAAGCGCUGGAUCAAAUCGGUGAAAUGUACUUCGGCGUCAAGAUACCCACACAGGGAAACCCACUCUUUGACAUGAUGGGCAGCUUGUUCAUGGGAGGAGGCGGCGGCGGUGCGGGAGGGGCAAAGAAGCAACCGAAACGGGUGGGUGCCUCAACACCUAGCACUCCGGGCUUGGAUUAGACGACGGGACACUCGGGACGUUAAAGGUAUAAGGUAGAAAGUCAGCUGGCGUAGCAUUAACAUACCGCAUGGCGUCAAGAAUACAACACGUCUAAAUUCAUGAU